AUGGCAGAUCUGAUAAGCAGUCUCCGUGACGAAAUAAUUUGUUAUAUUCUUUCUUUUCUCAAAUCCCGUGAAGUUGUUGCAACCAGUGUUCUCUCCAAGCGCUGGAAUCUUCUGUGGCGUUCAGUCCCCUCUUUGGAUUUCGACACUGACGAAUAUUUUUCCCUUCUCAAACGCAAAAAGGAUAUCCAUACGUUUUAUAGCUCGGUGUGUUCUUUCUUGGCUGGUCGUGGAGAUCAACCCUUGUAUAGAUUUCGUCUCAGAUGUUACUUUUCCAUGUAUAUUUUGAAAAGUAUCAGGACUCGGAUUCAGAAUGCAGUGAGUGAAAGUGAUACAGUUCAAAUCCUCGACCUCCAGUGCGAUCCGGACAUUGUCAUUCCAUCUGUGGUGUUUAGCUUUAGAACUCUUGUAACUCUCAAGUUGGAGUACAUAACAGUGGAAGAUAUUUCCUUUGUUGAUUUGCCCUUGCUUAAGAUCUUGCAUCUAGAUUCUAUUAAUUCCCCAAUAGAAAUUGAUCUUUCACAGCUUCUUUCUGGGUGUCCUAAUCUUGAGGACUUAAAAGUCAUAAACGUGAGUCAUUUGGCUUGUGAUACUAAAGGAAAGUUUAUCAGAUUGCCCAAAUUGGUUAGAGCAAGCAUCGGAAAAUUCUUACUUCCAUUGGAAAUAUUUAAGGAAGUUGUGGUAUUGAAAUUCCAUCGGAUAUUUCAACCACACCUGGACCUGAAUUUUGACUUUCACAAUUUAGUUCAACUUCAAUUGAUUGUGAUCCUGGAUUGGCUUCUGGUCUUGAAAGUGCUCAAUCAUUGUCCCAAGCUUCAAAGUCUUGUCAUUGACAUUUCUAAGAAACAUGGUCGUUGUUAUGAAGAAGAUGUUUGGCCAUACCCACAAACUGUUCCUACAUGCAUUUCAUCACACCUUAAAAUCUGCCGUCUAAAAUAUUACAGUGGAUCUAAAGAUGAGUUUCACUUUGCAAGAUAUAUAUUGGAGAAUGCAAAAUAUCUACAGACCAUGAAAUUCAACACUCUUGAGGAAGAAAUUAAUGAUAUGAAAAGAGAAUUAUCUUCCUGCAUGAAGAUAUCAGAUACUU